AUGGUUCUGCAAAACAGCGGAAGUUAUAGAGCGGACCGGGGACAAGGUGAUCAGGAGAGUCAACAGGAUGACGGGUCCUCCAUGUCGGCCCUCAGGAGGCUGGAGCGCAGUCAGUUUACCGACGAGAUGGACGCCCGUUUCGGUUUUGAGCGGAUGAAGGAACCGGGAGAGAAGACCGGCUGGCUCAUCAACAUGCACCCUACAGAGAUCCUGGAUGAUGAUAAAAGACUGAUCAGUGCCGUGGAUUAUUAUUUCAUCCAGGAAGAUGGCAGCCGAUUCAAGGUUGCUCUCCCCUUUAAGCCCUAUUUUUACAUAGCUACUAAAAAGAACUGUGAAAGAGAAGUCAUCUCAUUCCUGUCCAAGAAGUUUCAAGGAAAGGUGGCAAAACUUGAAAUUCUCCCUAAGGAGGAUCUAGAUCUGCCUAACCACCUAGUUGGACUGAAGAGAAAUUAUAUCAAGCUAUCAUUCAACACUGUGGAUGACCUCAUCAAGGUCAAGCGUGAGAUCUCUCCAGCUGUGCGCAAGAACAGAGAGCGAGAGCAAUCCAAUGACAUUUACACCGCAAUGCUGUCAAGCGCCUUGUCAGGUGGAAACGUGAUGACAGCAGAUGAGGAUGGGAUGUCAAAGAAAAUUUCUGACCAGUUAGACAACAUAGUGGAUAUGAGAGAGUAUGAUGUGCCCUAUCAUGUGCGCCUUUCCAUCGACCUCAAGAUCCAUGUGGCACACUGGUACAAUAUUCGAUACAGAAGCAGUGCUUACCCACCAGAGAUUGUACGGAGAGAUGAUCUCGUGGAACGCCCAGACCCAGUUGUUUUGGCUUUUGAUAUAGAAACCACCAAGCUUCCUCUGAAAUUCCCAGAUGCAGAGACAGAUCAGAUUAUGAUGAUCUCGUACAUGAUUGAUGGACAAGGCUUCUUAAUUACAAACAGAGAGAUUGUCUCUGAGGACAUUGAGGAUUUCGAGUUUACCCCCAAGCCAGAAUAUGAAGGACCUUUCACCGUUUUCAAUGAAGCUGAUGAGGCAGCCCUCAUACAGAGAUGGUUUGAUCACGUUCAAGAGACCAAACCAAACAUCUUUGUAACCUACAAUGGAGAUUUCUUUGAUUGGCCUUUUGUGGAAACUAGAGCCACCCACCAUGGAUUGAAUAUGCACAAAGAGAUUGGCUUCCAGAAAGAUAGCCAGGGAGAGUACAAGUCCAGUCAGGCUAUCCAUAUGGACUGCCUAAGGUGGGUAAAAAGAGACAGCUACCUGCCAGUGGGCAGCCAUAACCUAAAGGCAGCAGCUAAGGCCAAGCUGAGCUAUGACCCUGUAGAGCUAGACCCUGAAGAGAUGUGCCGCAUGGCUACAGAGGAACCACAGACUUUAGCCACCUACUCUGUGUCAGAUGCCGUGGCCACAUAUUAUCUCUAUAUGAAAUACGUCCACCCCUUCAUCUUUGCUCUCUGCACCAUCAUCCCUAUGGAGCCUGAUGAGGUACUGCGUAAGGGUUCUGGAACUCUCUGCGAGGCCUUGCUCAUGGUGCAGGCCUUCCACGCUAACAUCAUCUUCCCCAACAAGCAGGAGCAGGUCUUCAACAAGCUGACAGAUGAUGGCCACGUCUUAGACUCUGAGACCUAUGUGGGAGGCCAUGUAGAAGCCCUGGAGUCAGGUGUAUUUCGCAGUGACAUCCCCUGCCGUUUCAAAAUGAACCCAGCAGCAUUUGACUUGCUGCUUCAAAGAGUUGAGAAAACAAUGCGUCAUGCUGUUGAGGAAGAAGAGAAGGUCCCUUUGGAGCAGGUCACCAACUUUAAUGAGGUCUGUGACGAGAUCAAAAAGAAGCUGAUCUCCCUGAAAGAAGUUCCUAACAGGAUAGAAUGCCCUCUCAUUUACCAUCUGGAUGUCGGGGCUAUGUACCCUAAUAUCAUCCUCACCAAUCGCUUGCAGCCAUCCGCUAUGGUUGAUGAGGCUACUUGUGCUGCCUGUGACUUCAACAAGCCUGGUGCCACUUGCCAGAGAAGGAUGGCAUGGCAGUGGAGAGGGGAAAUCAUGCCUGCAAGCCGCAGUGAGUUUCACCGUAUCCAGCAGCAACUAGAGUCAGAGAAGUUUCCUCCAUUGUUCCCUAAUGGCCCACCUCGAGCCUUCCACACUCUGACCCGGGAGGAGCAAGCAAAGCAUGAGAAGAAACGCUUGGCAGACUACUGUAAAAAGGCUUAUAAGAAGAUACAUCUUACCAGGCUGGAGAAGAGAGUCACUACUGUCUGUCAGAGAGAAAAUUCCUUCUACGUCGACACAGUCAGAGCUUUCAGAGACCGGCGUUAUGAAUUCAAAGGGCUGCACAAGGUAUGGAAGAAGAAGCUGGCAGCAGCGCAGGACUGCGGAGAUGCUGCUGAAGUGAAGCGCUGUAAGAACAUGGAGAUCCUCUAUGACUCUCUUCAGCUGGCUCACAAAUGUAUCCUCAACUCCUUCUAUGGCUACGUCAUGAGGAAAGGGGCACGGUGGUACUCCAUGGAGAUGGCGGGAAUUGUGUGUUAUACUGGUGCCAACAUUAUCACUCAGGCCAGAGAGCUCAUUGAGCAAAUAGGGAGGCCUCUUGAGUUGGACACUGAUGGUAUCUGGUGUGUCCUCCCCAACACCUUUCCUGAGAACUUUGUGGUGAAGACAAGUAAUGAGAAGAAACCCAAGGUGACCAUAUCCUAUCCAGGGGCCAUGCUGAACAUCAUGGUAAAGGAGGGCUUCACUAAUGACCAGUACCAAGAACUGGUUGAUCCUGCCUCCCUCACCUACGAAACCAGGUCAGAGAACAGCAUCUUCUUUGAGGUGGAUGGGCCCUACCUGGCCAUGAUCUUGCCAGCCUCUAAAGAAGAAGGGAAGAAACUGAAGAAAAGAUAUGCUGUGUUUAAUGAGGAUGGCUCCUUGGCUGAGCUAAAGGGUUUUGAGGUGAAGAGGAGAGGAGAACUCCAACUCAUUAAGAUCUUUCAGUCCUCGGUGUUUGAGGCCUUCCUCAAAGGCACCACUCUGGAGGAAGUAUAUGCCUCUGUGGCCAAAGUGGCAGACUAUUGGCUGGAUGUGCUCUACAGCAAGGCUGCCAAUAUGCCAGAUGCGGAGUUGUUUGAGCUGAUCUCAGAGAACCGCUCUAUGUCCAGGAAGCUGGAGGACUAUGGAGAGCAGAAAUCUACUUCUAUCAGCACAGCCAAGAGACUAGCUGAGUUCCUGGGGGAUCAGAUGGUUAAAGAUGCCGGUCUGAGCUGUCGCUAUGUCAUCUCCCGCAAACCAGAGGGAUCCCCUGUCACAGAGAGGGCCAUACCCCUGGCCAUCUUCCAAGCUGAGCCCAGUGUAAAGAAGCAUUUCCUUCGUAAGUGGCUGAAGAUGCCCACCCUGAGUGACUUGGACAUCCGCACUAUUCUUGACUGGAGCUACUACAUUGAGAGGCUGGGAAGUGCAAUCCAAAAAAUCAUUACCAUUCCAGCAGCUUUGCAACAGGUAAAGAAUCCAGUACCCAGAGUUAGGCACCCUGACUGGCUUCACAAGAAACUUCUGGAGAAGAAUGACAUCUACAAGCAGAAGAAGAUCAGUGAGCUAUUCAUCAGUGAGGGCAAGAGACAGGUGGCCCACCAGACUCUUGAGCCAGGCGAAGCUGCAGAUAUGGAAGAUUUUGGGAUGCAGGCCAGGCCGCUGCAGCCAGCCAUCUUAAUCAGUACCAAGCGUAAACGGGUGUCCCAGGGCGAGGACAGCCAGGUGGAGUCCCAGGAUUUGGAGCUCAUACAAUCUUGGAGGGAGAUUCUGGGACCGCCACCACCAAUGGGAGCAACACGAGAGGAGCGUCUAGUGUGGCUUCGCUAUCAUAAGAAAAAGUGGGAGCUGCAGCUGAAGCAGAGGAAGGAGAAGAAGAAGAAGAGGAAAUUAUUGGAUGGAGAGGCCCAGCCAGUUGGAGGAGGGGUGAUCAGAGAUGGCCCCACCUCAGGCCUGGGCAACUUCCUACGCAGAACAGCCCGCAGCAUCCUGGACAUGCCUUGGCAGAUUGUACAGAUUGCUGAGACAGGUCACCCCGGUCUCUACAAGUUGUGGGCUGUGAUUGGUAAUGACCUCCACUGUAUGAAGCUCAGCAUCCCACGGGUCUUCUAUGUCAAUCAGAAAGUCCCUAAGCAGGAAGACGGAGCCAUAUACAAAAAGGUCAACCGAAUGCUGCCUCGCUCCAACAUGGUUUACUACUUGUAUGAAUAUUCUGUAUCAGAAGACAUGUACCAGGAGCAUAUCAAUGAGAUCAACGCCGAUCUCUCAGCCCCGGACAUUGAGGGGGUCUACGAAACUCAGGUCCCCUUGCUGUUCCGUGCCCUGGUGCAGCUGGGCUGUAUGUGCAUGGUCAACAAGCAGGUGGUGCGGGAUCUGGGUGGCAGGGAGGCAGACACUUUUGAUCUGGAGCAUCUGGAGAUGAGAUCUCUGGCCCAGUUCAGCUACCUGGAACCUGGGAGUGUUCGCCACAUCUACCUGUACCACCACAGCCAGGGUCAAAAAGCUUUGUUUGGUCUAUUUAUCCCUUCACAACGCAAGGCCAGCGUCUUUGUCCUGGAUACCGUCCGAAGCAACCAGAUGCCAAACCUGAGUACCCUCUAUGGAGCAGAGCGCACAGCCCUCCUGGAAAAGACUACUGAGGAGCUCCUACCUCCAGAGAAACACAACUUUGAUGUGCGGGCCGAAAAUGACAUUAAACCAAUCCACAGGGCUCUGCAACGUAUACUGCUCAACUACAAGGGGGAGCGUCGUGGCCCCACCCUGAUUGCAGUGCAGUCCAACUGGGAGUUGCGGCGGCUAGCGGCCGGGAUGCCAUUGCUGGAGGAAUUCCCAGUGGUUCCAGUGCAUGUGGUGGAUGAGAUCAGCUAUAACGUGUUGGACUGGCAACGUCACGGCGCCCGACGUAUGAUACGUCACUACCUCAACCUGGACAGCUGCCUGUCCCAGGCCUUCGACAUGGCCAGGUACUACCACUUGCCAGUAGGAAACUUGCCUCAGGAUGUAUCCAUCUUUGGCUCAGACCUGUUCCUAGCCAGACACCUACGGAAGCACAACCACCUGCUGUGGUUAUCCCCCACGGCCAGACCCGACCUAGGGGGUAAGGAAGCUGAUGACAGUCGCCUGGUGAUGGAGGGCGACGAGAGGGCCUCCAUGGAGAUCAAUUCACAAGGGUGUUACUCUACAGUGUGUGUGGAGCUUGACCUGCAGAGCCUGGCAGUGAACACCAUCCUGCAGUCGCAGCAUGUAAACGAUAUGGAGGGAGGGGCCAGUCUGGGUGUCAGCUUUGAUGUGAUCCAGCAGGCCUCACUGGAGGACAUGAUGUCAGGGAACCAAGGUGCCAGUGCGUUGGCCAGCUAUGAUGAGACAGCUCUCUGCUCAAACACUUUUAGGAUCCUGAAGAGCAUGGUAGUGGGCUGGGUCAGGGAGAUUACACAGUUCCACAAUGUGUAUGCAGACAAUCAGGUGAUGCACUUCUAUCGCUGGCUGCGCUCCCCCAGCUCUCUUCUCUAUGACCCAGCUCUGCAUCGCACCCUACACAACAUGAUGAAAAAGGUCUUCUUACAGCUGGUUGCAGAGUUUAAGCGUCUUGGCUCCACUGUGGUGUAUGGGAACUUCAACAGGAUCAUCCUGUGUACUAAAAAACGGAGGAUAGUUGACGCGAUCGGCUAUGUGGAAUACAUCACCAACAGCAUACAUUCCCGGGAAAUCUUCCAUUCCCUGUCCAUCUCCUUUUCCCGAUGCUGGGAGUUUCUGCUGUGGAUGGACCCAUCCAACUAUGGAGGAGUGAAGGGCAAACUGCCUUCCAGCCUCCUGUAUGGAGAGGAUAGAACCAGUCAGAACAUAAAGAAACGCAAUAAUGAUGAGGAAGAAGGCAGUGAUGAUGAGGAAGAAGAACAAGCUGCUGGUGAGGAAGAUGAUGGGGAUAGAGAGAUUGAUGAGGUGGAGGAGCUGAUUGAGAGCAACUGGAACAUCAUGCAGUAUCUGCCGCAAACUGCCUCCUGUCAGAAAUACUUCCUGAUGAUCGUCUCAGCCUACAUUGCAGCCAUCUAUCACAGCAUGAAGGAGGAGCUGAGACGCAAUGCCCCUGGGGCAACACCAGUCAAAAGGCGGGGUGGAAGCCAGGCUUCCCAGCAGGCAGCAGAAGAUUUGAGUACUCUCCCUGGUAUGAUCUCCUUCUCCCAGGAAUAUGUGUCAAAUGAGCUGACUCAAAACAUUUUCACCAUCACUCAAAAAAUCCAGAAGAAGGUAACAGGUACCAGAAGUGUGAGUCAGCAGUCUGACAUGUUCCCUGCCCUACCUGGGUCCCACCUGCCACUUAACAACCCAGCCCUGGAGUUCAUCAAAUAUGUGUGCCAGGUGCUUUCACUGGAUACCAACAUUUUGAACCAGGUGAACAAACUGAAGAGGGACCUGCUGCGUCUGGUGGAUGUCGGAGAGUUCUCUGACGAAGCCCAGUUCUGUGACCCCUGUAACUCCUACAUCCUGCCAGAGGUCAUCUGCCACCACUGCAACUUCUGUCGUGACCUUGACCUCUGCAAGGACCCAACAAUGGCACAGGAUGGGUCAGUCCUUCCCCAAUGGUUCUGCUCCAAUUGCCAGGCCCAGUAUGAGACUGAGUCUAUUGAGAUGGCUCUGGUGGAUGCCUUGCAAAAGAAACUGAUGAGCUUCACUCUACAGGACCUGGUAUGUACUAAGUGUAAAGGGGUGAAGGCAGCAAACAUGCCCCUCUACUGUGACUGUGCUGGAAACUUUGACUUGACUUUCUCAACCAAGAGCUUCUCAGAGCAGAUCAAUGUGUUCAAGAACAUCGCGUCCCACUACAACAUGAGUUUCCUUGGGGAGACCAUUGAUUGGCUCCUGGUCAUGAACCCACAGAUCAGCUCGACUGCUCAUUAACUAAUAUCUGCCACAGAGAUCCUUACUGCAGUGUGCUAUAUGGACACCCUAUGCUAAUCCAUUUUUGCUACAGGAAGUCCAUCAAAAAACUGUAAUUAAGCCUACUCACUUUUUCCUCUUGCCAUACCUAGUCAGCACGAUGUAUUUCUGAUUGUGUAUAAUCAGGAGUCAUAACUGUAUGGUUCAGAAAAUAAAUAUGGAUUGUAGAUAUGUUUACAUUAUUGACCAUGUUGUAUCAGAAUUUUUAUCAGUAUCUA